AAACCCUGGGUGAUCUGACAGUUCAGUGUUUGAAGUGAUUAUCAUGCUACGAAACAUAAAGGCUUACGCCCAGCUUUGGGCCUAAUUAGUUCACUUAGGGCCCUUUAUAAGACUCCGGUAGGGGACUGGAAGGGACAGACACUCAGUAAGAAGUCAGCAGAUCAACAGGAUAGUAGCAGCAGACCUGGAUACCUAAAGUUGAGCUGCUGCUACACCAGAAAAAAAAAACAUCCCCGAAGAUUAUCUGCUUUUCUGAGAAUGCCACACUUAAGUGACUGCAGUUACUACACAAUGCGGGAUGCGACCAGAGCUUCGAAUGUACAGAGCCGCCUGGAGAACUCCAAGUUCCACCUCCACCAGAGCCAGAACCAGCCAGUGAAGCAGUACCUGACGCUGGGCACCAAGCUGGCCUCCUCGGCCGGGUCGGGCCACGCCGUGCCACAUCCGCACACCCCGGGCCAACCGUUGGCCACCGUGCCCAUCAUGAGGAAUGGACACAUGCCCUCCGUUAGCGACGGCAGCAACCCCAACAGUCCUGUCACCCUGCUCACGAUGGCCAAUCACGACAGCGAGUUUCCAAUGGAUGAAGUUAUUGAUGACCUAAUUAGUCUUGAAUCCGGUUUCAAUGAUGGAGGCUUGGAUUGCAUGGAGCCUAACAUCAUAAUGCAAAACAAUGUGUCCCUCAGUAGCAGUAUGCUGGACGUCUAUGGGGGUGAACAAGGUAUGAACGCCCCUAAUGGUGGAAUGAGUCCCACAUCUAACCCCACAAAGCUCACUGUAAAAAGGGAAUACACAGAACACGACACAAGGGUGAUGGCCAAAGAGAGGCAGAAAAAAGACAACCAUAAUUUGAUUGAAAGAAGGCGGAGAUACAACAUUAACUACCGGAUUAAGGAGCUGGGGACACUCAUACCAAAGUCGAAUGACCCCGACAUGCGGUGGAACAAAGGCACCAUCCUGAAGGCCUCGGUGGAGUACAUAAGGUGGUUGCAGAAGGAGCAGCAGCACGCUCGCGAGCUGGAAAGUCGUCAGAAGAAGCUGGAACAGGCGAACAGGAGGCUGCUGCUGAGGAUCCAGGAGCUUGAGAUCCAGGCCCGAGCACAUGGACUUCCAAACGUGGCCACAGCUUUGGGAUCAGUUGAACUGUCCUCUCACCUCCUUAAACAACAGCAGCAGCAGCAGCAGCAGCAGCAGCAACAACAACAACAGCAGCAGCAGCAAUCACCUCCCCAGGCCCAGCAGCCGCAUCAGCCGCCUCUCUACCAGGAGGACCCCAACGGCGACUACCUCCAGAGGAUACCCGUGGUGACCGGAGUGCCAUCCAUCGCCACUGUCAGCGGGCCGCAGGACCACAUCGCCGGGGCCGACGCCUGCACCACGUUCUCCGACCCGCUGUCCCAUUUCACAGACUUCUUCACCGCCACACUCAAGGAGGAGCACCCGCUGGACGAGAUCCUGAUGGAUGACCCGCUGUCGCCGUUCGGCACCGAUCCGCUGCUCUCGGCCGGUUCCCCCGGAGCCGCAUCCAAAGACAGCAGCCGCAGGAGCAGCUUCAGCUCAGCCGAGGGUGAUGACCUAUAAGGGUGCCACUCAGGCUCUUGUUAUCGCCUCAUGACAACCCGGCUAUAAUCCCCAGCGGUAAAGGGCAUACACAGAGCCUUAAAAAAGACUGACUAAUGGCUCCAGGCGUACACUUAUGACCACUGCCGGGGGUGCAAGUCAUUUAAAUGACAGCUGACAGCACCCCUCAAAGUGCCACCUGUGUAUAAAGUGUGUACUUCUUGUUGAUCGGGUCUAAAAGCUGACGCUCUCCAAAGCUAAGCGGGACCAGAUUCACCCCAUGGACCUCCUGCUCUUUUUAUCUUCACUGUAGACAAUUAUUAUAUUUCUCUGCCUCCCAGACAGAGCAGACUUGUAAGAAAAAAAGGGAGACAUUUAUCAGUACAUAAUGUAAAUGACUACUGUAUUCUAGCAAACACUGUGGUGGCUUUACACUGAAACAUAUGCAAAAUAAUUACUAAAAACAUUCCAAAACUAUCCUUUGUGAACUUAAAACUACCAAACCAGACAUUUGCAUUGUAUGAUGUGCCUUAUUUGAAGUCCCAGUUUUGUCUUUAAAGGAGAUACGAACGUAUAAUUAAUGUACUCUCCUCGAUGCCUAACACGUCCUCUGCCUUGUCUGCGUCUUUUAAAUGUUAAUGUUUAAUAAGAGUCUUUGUAUUUAUAUAUGUUUUAAUCCAUGUAUUCAAGAAAAAGAUAUAUAUUGUUAUCUAACAUGUUACCUUUUUUUAUUUUUAGGAGGGGUGGGAAAACUAUAAUAAACCCCUUUUUUGAUAUUUGUAACUUCCUGUUGUCAUCACAAAAUACAGCAAAAACUAACACUUACAUGCUAUAUACACCAAAUUUAGCCACUAAUUUUCAUAAAAUAUGAAAAAUAAAUCAUUUUGUUCA